UUCCUUCACAAACGGUCAGCACCGCCCUGGCUAUCGCAAUCACCUUUCCGCCCUAUUGUGGCUGGUGGUCCCGCUUAUUGUUGGUCGUCCCCAGUCCGUGGCGCGGCUUUUAAUUCUCCCCCAAGCCUCUUGUUCCCCUUUCAUUCUUCUUUCGAGACCUUACCUUCCAAAGCCUUGUUCUUUGCUUUGAUCUAGGCACCCAUAUCUUGCCAUACAGCCUCUGCAGGCUGUGCUUCUUUCAUUUCACCGGCGUGACAAAGGCAGCCACUGGCGAUCUUUGUUUGGCUAGAUCCAUAAAGCCAACGGCCCUUCUGCCCUACGUUUUCGGCCCCCAUCUACAGGUGUGCGACCCACACGAGGCUACAUCGUUGCCGAACGAUUUCCAAACAACUGGUAUCGAUUGCCUGGUACAAGCUCUUCGUUUGUAGACCAACCUUGAAGUUCCUUGCUUCCCGUUCGCACGACAUCUUGUUAUUUGAACGAUCCCAUUCCUCAGAAUGCAUUCAAUUCGAUACAAAGCCCAGCGCGCGGCAUCGGCCGUCGGAGACGGCGAACAAAACUAUAAUCCCUUUGCGCGGAAGCGAUCGAGAGAGGCGCAAUCGCCGGAUGUAGAGAACCAGCUUGGUGGUAGGAGAAGGAGGUCAGAAACGAAUCUUGCACCUACCGCUGAAGAAACGCGACGCGCCGAGAGUAGACAGGCUGGGAAGGAUUUCCCUUCCCCUCACCAUGCCGACACCGCGCCGCCAGUGUCUCACUCGUCCCCUGGCAAUGCAAGGGUCGUACCGGCCUCCACGUUCGAGAAGGAUGGGAUUACAUCGAAUGGGUCGGGAUCGAAAUCGCCAACGGUUGGGCCAGGCAAAGAGUCUACAGAUAUCAGCGACAAGACUGCCGUCGAGAGCCAGCCAAAACAACGAGCGAGGUUCAGGGGAAUAUUCCGCAAGAGCGGCGACGACAACGAGCCUGCGGAGUUGACGCAUGCAGAAACCGAGAGCCUUGACCAGGAGGAGAGGAAGAGGAGAUCGCAUAAGAGGAAGAUUCCCAUCGGCCAACAAUUCCGCGCUGUCAUUCUUGGUUCGUGGAUUAACAUUCUCCUAGUCUUUGUGCCAAUCGGGUUUGCUCUCGAAUAUGCACAUAUUCACAAUGGCGCUGUCCCGGUCUUCAUCGUCAACUUCAUUGCGAUUAUCCCGUUGGCUGGUAUGCUGAGCUAUGCCACGGAAGAGCUUGCGCUUCGUGUUGGAGAGACGCUUGGUGGACUUUUGAACGCUUCCUUUGGUAAUGCCGUUGAAUUGAUCGUCUCUGUCCAGGCCCUAGUCAAGAACGAAAUCACCAUUGUCAAGACAUCACUCAUUGGGAGCAUGCUCUCCAAUUUGUUGCUUGUGUUGGGCAUGUCCUUCUUCCUUGGUGGCAUCUAUCGCCUUGAGCAAUUCUUUAACGUUACCGUUGCGCAAACCGCGGCUAGCUUGCUCGCCCUCUGCAUUGCUAGUGUGAUUAUUCCAACCGUUUUCCAUUCGAUGCUGCAAGCUGAUGCGGCGCCGGACGGUCAAAGAAACCAAGAGCUCUCGCGCGGAACAGCGGUCAUUCUUCUAUUCGUAUAUGCCUGCUAUCUCAUUUUCCAACUAAAGUCACACGUUGAUAUGUAUAACGAGCCGAGCCAAAAAGUCCCAAAGAGGAAGUCUUCCAAAAUCGAGGAAGGUACUGCAACGCGCGGCCUUGCAGCGAUCGGAGCUGGGACCGCUGCAGCAUCCGGUGGCGGAGUGAAUGCGAGUAAGCUUGUCAAGAACGCCGAUGAAUUAGAAGACGAAGAGGAUGACUUCGAAGAGCCACAACUGUCGGUCAUCGGCGCGCUUAUCACUCUAGGAGUUUCCACCACGUUGGUCGCUUUCUGUUCCGAAUUCAUGGUCUCUAGUAUCGACGGCCUCACCGCGACCGGAGGAAUUUCUACUACCUUCGUUGGUCUCAUUCUCAUUCCUAUCGUCGGAAACGCCGCAGAGCAUGCUACAGCCAUUACCGUAGCCAUCAAGGACAAGAUGGACUUGGCUAUCGGUGUCGCCGUUGGUUCUAGCAUGCAAAUCGCUCUCUUAGUACUCCCGUUGAUUGUCGUCCUUGGCUGGAUCAUGGGCAAAGAGUGCAUGACUCUUUAUUUCGAUACCUUUCAAAUUGCUGUUCUCUUCGUCGCUGUUUUGCUCGUCAACUAUCUCAUCCAAGACGGGAAAUCUCAUUGGCUCGAGGGUGUUCUCCUCAUGUCCUCUUACCUCAUCAUUGCUCUCGCGGCCUGGUUCUACCCGGACAUUGCGGAAGUGUGCUGAGGGUAGGCUAGUUCUCAGCCUCCAUUCCAUACCUUGCACAAUGACCUCCCUUUGUCUAUACUGUUUCCUUCCUUUCAUUCUGGCGUUCUGGGUAGAACUUGCAAUACAUUUCGGUCUUUUCCGGACAACCAGAUACAUCCAAUUGUAGGUCUGUUGCGCGUGUUUCCUUGAUACCCUCCGAGAAUCUUGUGAAUUGUCCCUUUUGGUACAUUGAUAUGGAGGUAAAUGUGCUAUAUGUGUUUCAUUAUGGUCAAAGCUGUGUUUUCCAGUAUUAGCCUUUAUGUAUAUCUAAAUUUUUGAAAUGCCA